AUGAAUCCAGCGCAACAGGAAAACGAGCAGGUUGAUGAUCUCCAGCAACUUGUUCGAAACUACAUCGAGUCGAUGGAUGGAAUAUUCGCUCAGCCCGAUGAAGAGAAUUCCGAAUUUCGAAAUUUCCUUUACAAUAUUGAUGCUUAUGACCAAAUAGAUCGAAUUUACAUUCAAGUCCCGGACGUAGCUAGACCGAGAGACGAUGAGAAUGUAGAGGAGGCGCAGCAGGUGCAAGAACCGGAGCAAUUACCGGAACCGGAGCCAGAGCAGGCGGCAGAGCAGGAGACGGAGCAGGCACCGCAGCAAGAGCCGGAACGUCAGCCGAAGCUGGAGCAGGCACAGCUACAUGAGCAGGAGCCUGCCGAUCAUGUGAUCAUCGAAUAUCCAAUUCUGAAUGACUCCGAGCUGGAGGAAGUGCACUAUCUAAAUGCGAUGCAAAUGUUAAACAUUGUCGCAGAAAACGCGGAAGUCGAUGGGCCGAUCCUUUUCCGAAAUUUUGUCAACCUAUCGGUUGGAUUUGCCAGCGUGGAGAUUCGUAAUCGAGUUAUGACGUCGAGACAAAACGAUGGUAAUCAUGCCGAUUCCGAUGACGAUCAAGUUUUGACCGACGACAAUGAGGAGGACCCGAGAGAAUCGAGAUGCAAAUGCUCGGUGUGCAAGACGAGCCGCAUUCGCUCGCCACAGCGUUGCCGUCACUGCCAUCAAAUCAUUGGCUAUGCCUACGCCUCUGGAUGGAUUGUGACCGCUAUCUCGCCAACCCGCGAUGCCUUGUUUGCUCCAUCAGUUGGCCGAUUGAAGGAAAUUUUGAAGACGCUGAACAGGAAUCAAUGCUGUUCAAUGUCCGAUCCGCCAACAUCGGGUGAGCAUCCGUCUAGCGACACGUCCGACAAGUCGAAUGACGACCGCCAAACUCUAUCCAACAUUUCUUCAAAUUUGGAAUCAUCAGCUGAAAACGAAAAGAAUGUGGAGAACGAGCUGAACACGAUUUUCCAAACGUUGGAAUUAGACACUUCUGAAAACACCAAUACGUUGGAAAAUCCAGAAAUUCCACCACACUCGGACGCGCCGACUAUCACCAAUCCAUCCAAGCGUUUGAAUUCGUCAAUCUAUCUGAUUGAAAAUCUAUUGCGUCCGGAAUCGCCGGCAAAAACGGAAAAGGAUUACGAGCUUAUGAUGGACUUCUUUUUGAAUUCCCAAUUUCUUCCACGCCUUUGUAAAAAUGGCCAUCUCAAAGACCGAGAGCUUCAAGAUAUGGAAACAGACAAUGCCAGCGAAUUUCAACCCGAAAUUUGGAAUUUCGAUUUGCAGAGAUGGGACCGAAUUGAAACGCCGGAGUUCGAUGCCGAAAUGUUUGAUCGCCGUAGAUUGGACACCGGAUAUGAUUAUGGCUAUGGGUUUGGGUUCAGUUUCGGGCUUGCGCAAGAUGAGUUCGAUAUAAAUCGUAAAAUGGGCUAUCGAUCGCUUGCGUUUGCAACACAAGACUCAAAUAAUCCUGACGAAUGGUCGUCAUUCCUCCCACCACGUCCAGAAGAUUUUGAAUUUUGCUAUUCGAUCACUGAGGAAGAGGAAGUCAACCCAUCUGCGCAUUCUCAUGAUAACGAGGAACACGUCGGAAUUCCAAAUGAUCACGACUCGUCUGCGGAUGAUCAAUAUGAAGAGAUAAUGGAAGAGGAUGGAGUUAAGAAAGCUGCAAAAGAAGAAGCUGAAGAAGAUGAUGAUGAUGAAGCUGGAGAAGAUAAGGAAUAA